CUACAUAUCUAACUAUUCUGAUAGUAAUGAGCUAUGAGAAAUGUGAUUGCAUAAAUACUAUGGAGCUUCUUACUACAGCGUUUUGGAUUACCACACACUUGAUGGGAAUGUUGAUGAUAAUUCUACCAUGUGCCUCUAUGACAAACCAGGCAAACCAGACAUCGAAGAUUGUUUCCCAUUUAUUCAAUAGAGAUCUCACAAGCACGAAGAGAAGACAGCUGAGAACGUUUUCCUUACAAUUAUUACAUCAUGAUGCCAAGUUUUCUGUCUAUGGAUUAUUCAAUAUUGAUAACUCACUCAUUUUGUCGGUAAUUGGAACAAUUGCAAUUUACCUUGUGAUUUUGAUUCAGUUUCGAGAUAGUGUAAUAGAAAAAUGAAGUCGAAAGAGUGAAUAGAUGUGAUGGAAUGAAAAUAUAACAUUUGAACUCAAUUAUAUGGAAUGUG